AUGUCAAAGGCAGCUAAUACGAAGAAAAAACAACAGUGGAAUGCUGGUUCUGUUAUUCCACGGAAGCCAAUAAAUUUUUUUGGGGAAAACCAACGACGAACUUCAUCCACCAGUGUUUCAAUAGCUUUAUCCUCACCAUCAAUAAACAAGACAUUUGCCGGACAACAAAAGUCGGUGUUACCGUCCAUUAGCGGCGCUCAACUACCAGUACCAUCUUCAGCAUUCCACGAUGAGGAUGAUAAUGAUGAGUCAUUCUUACCUCCGAAAAUAUUUGAUGGUUCAAAAUCAUCGAUUAACGAUUUAUCACAAGCGUCAAGUUCAUAUAUUUGGCUCAGACGAAUAAAGGAAAUAUUUCUUCAGAUGGGUAAGAACAAGAAGACAGACGACGAAGAUCCUUUUGUUAAUUACGAUAUGGAGAUAGCACGAGAUGAUAUGUUAAAAACAUUUAAACAAUAUAUUGAAAAUCAACGACCUGAUACCACUGCCAAAGAUUAUGAGCAGAAAAUUAAAAAAUGGAAUGUAGAAAAACUCUAUGCAGAAACAUUCAAAAUGUCAUACAAACGAAAUACGUUUGAUCAAGAUGAAAAACAAGUACAACUAAAUGUAUCGACAAAUCAGAGUGGUGGUGAUAGAUUAAAUUUUGAAAAUGCUAUUUGGUGGUAUUCAUGUAACGAAGCAUCAAUCUAUAGUCAAAUAAAUAACAUGUUGCGCACAGAAAAUUUUGAAUUAUUAAUGUCCUAUCGUUAUUAUAUUAUUGAUUUAUGUCAAAUGAUUGAACAUGCAUACAAUCGACAACAACAAUCAGAUACAAAUAUAAAAUUGUAUCGUUCGGAAAAAAUAGACAGCGGAAAACUAAUAGAAAUGACGGAAAAAGUAGGAAAAUUUAAAAAUCAAUUAAUAUCGAUGAACGGCUUUAUAUCAACAACAAUAAACGAAGACAUUGCCACCGGGGGUUACGGUCAGAAAGAAUCAAAACGUCCAAAUGUUUCACCUGUAUUGUAUGAAAUAACAAUUGAACCUAAAAAACCUGGUGAAAAAUGUCCGUGUGCAUUUACAAAUAUUGAACAAAUAUCAUUCCAUCCAGAAGAAAAAGAAGUUUUAUUUUCAAUAGGAUCCAUUUUUGUUGUUGAAAAUAUAAACAAUGAUUUUAAAACACAAAAUGGUAAAAGCUAUGAAUAUACACGUAUCAGACUAAAACAAACUGAAUACAAUGAAACAAUUGUUAACGAGAUGAAAUCGAAAGUGAAACGAUCAUCACAAUCAGAAUUGAGUGCUUUGUUGAUUGAAUAUUUAAUUUAUUUGGGUGAAUAUCGGGCUGCCAAACGUUAUCUCAAUUCGUUAUUUAAAAAUGUUUCGGUAAUAAAAGAUGAUUCAUCAUUACCACUAUUUUACAAUUCAAUGGGUAUUAUCUACACACAACAAGGCCUAUAUGGUGAUGCCAUCAGAUGUUACAAACAAGCAUUAGAUCAUCAAAUACGUUUACAAUAUUCAAAUAGUAAUAGGUUGGCACAAAUAUAUAACAAUAUUGGUUACGUAUAUUUACAAAUGGAACAUAACGAGGAAGCAUUAGAAAAUAUAAAGAAAGCCGAACGUUUACAACUACGUGAACUGAAAUCGAUUCGCCAGCAUUUACCGUCUAUUUAUUCUAAUAUGGGACAAGUUUAUUAUUCUAUGGGGCAAGCCUAUUAUGAUGAUGCAGAUGAACAAUUUAAAAAAGCUGAAAAUAUGUACGAGCAGCAUACGUACGGUACAUAUUCGACGUUCGGUGCACUAUAG